CCCGAAAAUACGCCUUCGACAGCAGCUGACGUAUUCCUCGCUUCCGAAAGUGCAAUUUCCAACCGAAGCGAGAGGCCACCACAAAGACGAGGCCCCCGUCCUCCGCCGCUCGUCGACGGCAUGCAGCAGCAGGGCGCCGCCGCGCUCACGCCGGCGACCGGCCUCGGGAGCCGGCCAUCCCUCACCGUCAAAACCAGCCGCGUGUGCACCACCGCUGCUCUCCCUCCCCUCUGCCGCUGUGGCCGGCGCCACCUCAUCGGCUCCACCUCGGCCACCGCUCUCCUCCCCCUGCUCGCCCUCCCGUCGCCCGCCGCCUCGCCCGUCGACCCCGAAGUGAUGCUUGAGCGGGUGCACCCUGCCAGGCCGGAGUGGUACGAGAAGUUCUAUGCCACGGCCAUGGACAAGUUCAUGAAACCUUACGAGGCUGAGAUUGCACAGUAUAAAUCAAAGCUCUUUUCCCAAUUGAUGACUGCUGGGAAGAACAUUCUUGAACUUGGUGUUGGAACAGGCCCUAAUCUCAAGUACUAUGCAAAUGCCGAUGGCGUUAACAUAGUUGGGGUGGAUCCUAAUAAACACAUGGAGGAGUAUGCCAGAGCAGCUGCAGUGUCUGCUGGACUUCCACCUUCGAACUUCACCUUCAGAAGAGGGGUUGGUGAAGCUUUGCCAGCUGAGGACAAUUCAAUGGAUGCUGUUGUUGGCACUCUGGUAAUGUGUUCUGUAAGUGACGUUGAAAUGGCAUUGAGAGAAAUAAAACGAGUCCUGAAGCCUGGUGGUCUCUACAUAUUCAUUGAGCAUGUUGCUGCGCCUGAUGGAUCCUUCCUCCGAUUCGUGCAAGGUGCCCUUAAUCCUCUGCAGCAGUUUGUCUCUGACGGGUGCCACCUCACCAGAGAAACAGGCGAAAUCAUCAGGGAUGCUGGGUUCUCGAGCUUGGACCUGAACACGACUCGCUUGUCUACUGCAUUUAUCCUCAGCCCCCAUGUUUAUGGAGUAGCAUGUAAAUGAUAUUUCCUCUCCUUUCGUUGUUCCAUCUAAUUGUGUAAAUUGUUAUUUGUCAGCAAUAUGAGCUACAGUAUCACGCUAGGUUUCCAAGGCUGAAUAUUCCAUGCCACACGUUAGAUGGGCUGGUCUUCAGAAAUGGCUGGAUGCCUCGAAGAUAUUAAAUGGGCCUUUUCUGUUAACA